AAACCAGAACGCGGAAGAAACGACCUCUGCAGUUUUCCACAGAUCCUGCUGACCCUUGCAUUACUCUUUUUCUUUUCUGAAAUCAAAAAAGAAAAGAAAGAACCCGUAGAGUCCAACGAAAUACUGGCCUUGAUUUUGAAGCGAUUAGGAGAACCUGAAAAUGAACCCAAAUUAGCGUUAGGAGCGCUCGUUGCAGAGCAGAGCGCAGAGCCAGAGCAGGGUAAACAGGGUCAACGCGAUAGGUCGUUGACAGGACAGGACGCGCGAUCUGUUUGUGUUUUGGGCAGCUGCACGUGCACGUGAGACAUGAGGCUGGUCAUAUUAGACAAUGACGAAGAGGUGGCUGACUGGGCGGCCCGUUACAUUCGCAAACGUAUCCACGACUUCCGACCGGGACCGGACAAGUACUUUGUCCUGGGUCUUCCAACAGGGGGAACGCCACUUGGAAUGUACAAGAAGCUGGUGGAAUUUCAUAAGGACCGAACAGUGUCCUUUCGUUAUGUGAAGACCUUCAACAUGGACGAAUAUGUUGGGCUCCCGAGAGACCACCCAGAAAGCUACCACUCGUACAUGUGGAACAACUUCUUCAAGCACGUUGACAUCCUCCCAGAGAACGCACACAUUCUGGAUGGCAACGCGGUCAACCUGGAAGCCGAGUGCGAAGCGUAUGAGCAGGACAUUCUGGAUGCCGGAGGGGUCGAGCUGUUUGUUGGAGGUAUCGGCCCGGAUGGGCACAUCGCCUUCAACGAGCCGGGGUCAAGCCUCGCAUCACGCACUCGUGUCAAGACUUUGGCCAAGGACACCAUUCUGGCCAACGCACGCUUCUUCGGGAACGACCUUACCAAGGUACCCAAGGAAGCCCUGACGGUCGGAGUGGGUACCGUCAUGGAUGCACGUGAGGUUAUGAUCUUGAUAACGGGAGCGCACAAAGCCUUCGCCUUGUACAAAGCAGUCGAAGAAGGCAUCAGCCACAUGUGGACAGUGUCCGCAUUCCAGCAGCAUCCGCGCACCAUCAUCGUCUGCGACGAAGACGCCACCAACGAGCUACGCGUCAAAACGGUCAAGUACUUCAAAGGACUCAUGCACGUUCACAAUCAACUCACAGAAGAACGACAGGAAGUGAAAACAGAUGACCAGAAAGGGGCUCAGCGACAGUGACAGUGUCAAUAGACUCGAUUAUGUGGACCAGAAUUUUGAAACACUUGUUGGUGUAGCUUGCGUUUUCCUAUAUUGGUUUUCAGUCAGGUUUUGUGACGCCUUUUAACACCUACGAUUAAAAAGAUAUUGUUCAGGAA